AUGCUUGACAAUGAAAUAUUAAGCAAAUAUGAAAUUCACGAAACUUUAGGUAUGGGAUCUUUUGGUAAAGUCCAUUUAGGUAUACACAAAAAAACGAAAAUAAAAGUUGCUAUAAAAUUAAUAAAUAAAAAAAAGUUAUUCGAUAUGAAUAUGGAAGACAAAAUUAGAAAAGAAACAAAUAUAAUGUUGAGAUUAUAUCAUAAGAACAUAGUAAAUUUUUACGAGAUAUUAGAUGUGUAUUUUUAUAUAAUAUUCGCAUUUGAAUAUGUAGAAAAUGGAGAAUUGUUUGAUUACGUUGUACAUAAAUUAAGAUUAAAAGAAUUAGAAGCAAAGAAAUUUUUUUAUGAAAUUGUAUGUGGGGUUGAAUAUCUUCACGAUAAUUAUAUUUGCCACAGAGAUUUAAAGUUAGAAAAUAUUUUAUUAGAUAAAAAUUAUAAUAUAAAAAUUGUAGAUUUUGGUUUGUCCAAUUUUAUGAAAAACGAUUUUUUAAAAACGUCAUGCGGUUCACCAAAUUACGCUUCACCCGAAGUUAUAUCAGGAAAAACUUAUUUGGGAUGUGAGAUAGAUGUGUGGUCAUUAGGUGUUAUUUUAUUUGCGAUGCUGUGCGGUUUCUUGCCUUUUGAUGAUGAAGACAUACAUGAUUUAUUUGAAAAAAUUAAAAAUGGGAUUUUUUCCAUCCCUGGACAUGUAUCUUAUUAUGCAAAAGAUCUUAUAAAAAAAAUUCUAAUAGUUGAUCCUAGUAAAAGAAUCACAGUACAUCAAAUUAAAAAACAUCCAUGGUUUUUUAUUGAUUAUAACAUUCUAGAUUUAAUGAGUAAUAAUAUAAUAAAUUAUUAUAUAGACAAAAAGAUUUUAAAAUAUUUAAUAAAGAUAGGGUAUACAUUCCAUAAAAAUAAAAAAAAAAAUGAAAAAUGCUAUUACAAUAAUUACAGCACUUUAUUAGAUAAGGAUGAAAAUUGUCAUUUUGUUUUUGAUAAUUAUUUUAACAGAGGCAAGUAUACAAAUAAAGAAAAUGUUAUAUUUUACAAUCAGAUGGAUAACAUAUAUUUUGCUCAUAAAUUAAUAUAUGUUAAUAAAACUAAUUCUAGAUUAAAAGAAAAGAAAUAUAAGUUAAAUUCUUUUUAUAAUAUCUUACAUAUAUAUAAUUUAAAGGAUUUUUUCAAAAUUAAAGAGGAAUAUAUUGACGUUGCUAAUGAUCGAAGUGAUAACAAAAUUGUGCGUUUUAAUAAAAGUAUAAAUUUAAUAAAAAAAAGAAUAAAGAAUAGAAUUUCUAGCAGGUUGCAUUUACGUAAUUUCACAAAUAAUAAUUUAAAAGUCAAUUAUAGUAAUCAAUUAAAUCUAAUUGAAAAUAAUACUUAUUUUGUGGGAUCUUUUCAUUCAAAUAAAAAGAAAACAAAUACUCCUGAAACAAUGAAUGAGUCAAUGGAUAAUAAAGUAGAGUAUAUGGAUUACAACAAAAAUGACUCUAGAGAUAAAUCGGAUGACGAAUUCACAUUCAAUUUUCAAGAAAGAAUACAAUUUUAUCAUAAUUAUCAUAAUAAUAUAUACAAUUAUAAUUAUUGUUGUGUAAAUGAAAAAUAUAAUGAAACUAAUAACUGGAAGUUAGGUAUAGAAACUGAUUUAGAUAUUAAUAAAAUUUUUACGAUUAUUUUAAAUAAUUUGGAGAAAUUAAAUUUCACCGUAAGAUUUUUAGAUAUUAACAAAAUAUAUUGCUAUAAAAAAAACAAUUUUACAAAAAAACAAGAUGUUAUGAUAGAAAACAAUGAUAAUAACUGCAAUGCUAUUUAUUCUAAUAAUGUUAUAAAUGAUUAUUUAAAAAUAAAUGGCAAUCAAGAAGAAUGCGAAGAAGAUUGUACUGCUUUAUAUAUAUGUAUAUUCAGUAAACAUAAUUUUUAUUACAUAGAUUUUUUAUCUCAUCAUGGGCAUCUAAUAAAGUGCUCAUUAGAAAUUUUAAAAUUAAGAAGCAAAAUUUGCGAAGACAUCAUAUCUAUAAAAAAAAUAAAAAAAUAA